UAGCCUCUUUAGUAGACCCCUCCCCACUCUCUCUCUCUCUCUCCCCCCCCCGCCCUCCUUUCUCUCUCUAGAUCGCCGCGACGGCACGCACCUCUCCCCAUCUUUCUCUCCCUUAACUUUCCCCGGUUUUAAUCCCCCUCCAUUUCGAGAAUCGUUUUCUUCACUCCAGGUGUAGUCCCCAUCGGAUCACUCAAAAAAACCCCACCGAGAGCCCCCCAGUCCUAACCAGACAAAAACUAAACGAACCAGGAAAGGCAAGGCAAGGCAAGGCAAGGCAAGGCAGAGAAAACAAAGAACGAGAGGUACGCCCAAAAAAAAAAAAAAAAAGAAAAAAAAAAAAGAAUAGAAAGGAGGCUCCCUUCGACCUCCCUCACACCACCCGCCGUUCCUCGCCCGACCCGCGAGAGCUCGAACUCGAACUCGGUCCGGCCCGGUCGAUCCCCCGCCCCGAUCCCGCCAUGCCCACCGCCUAAUCCCCACGCGAUCCGCCCGAAUUCCGCGUGCCCCCCGCCGAUCCGCGUGGAGCCCCCGCCCAGAUCUGGGCCGCCAGCCGCCAGACGCCAGACGCCUCGCCCGCCCGCCCGCGCAGGGAAUAUAUUCUUCCCAUGGCAAUGCCGUCGGGGAAUGUGGCCGCGCCGGACGUCAAGGACAAGAUUCAGGGCGCCGCCGCCCCCCCCGCCGCCGCCGCCGCCGCCGUCGCGUCCGGUGACGUCUUCGGCCAUCUCCACCAGUACGGCCACCGGCCGCCCCCGCCGCAGCAGCAGCAGCAGCAGCAGCAGUGGUUCGUGGACGAGCGCGACGGGUUCAUCUCGUGGCUGCGCGGGGAGUUCGCGGCCGCCAACGCGAUCAUCGACGGGCUCUGCCAACACCUGCGCGCGAUCAGCAGCGAGCCCGGGGAGUACGAAGCCGUGUUCGGCUGCAUCCAGCAGCGGCGGUGCAACUGGAACACCGUGCUCUAUAUGCAGCAGUACUUCCCCGUCACGGAGGUCAUGCAGACGUUGAAGCAGGCCGCAUGGCGGCGGCAGCAUCUGCAGCAGCAGCAGCACCACCAGCAGCAGCAUCAUCAGCACAGGCAUUUCGAUCCAGUCAAAGUAGGUGGCAAGGAUUAUAGGAGAUCCGGCACCGGGUAUAGGCCGGGGCCGAGGAGCGAGAGUUUCCGAGAAGGCCACAAUUCCGGCGUAGAGACUAGCGUUAGCGAUUCGGGGGCCAACGCCGCAGAGAAGGGCGAGAAAGGGAAUGAGAAAUGCGAAGAGAGGAAGGAUGUUGUCAAGCCUGUCGAUGCGGCCAUGGCAAAUGUGGAGGAAGAGAAAGGUAACGCAGGUCCUGUAACAAAAUCUUUUGCUAAUAUUAGCUUGAAAGAUUCAGGUAGUACAGUGAUAGUUCCAUGUGACGAUGCUAAAUCUGAAGCUGAGAUGACAAGUCAUAGUUCUACAACACCCUCUAGAGACCAAAACUUGAACAUGAAGCAGGGUGUUGAUGCUGUUUAUAAAACUUUUUCCGCGAAUGAGUUGUUUGAAGGACGGACGAUCAAUGUGGUUGAUGGACUCAAGUUAUAUGAAUCACUGUUGGAUGACAAAGAAGUCAAGAAACUCGUUUCAUUGGCAAAUGAUUUAAGGGCGGCAGGAAGAAAAGGACAAUAUCAAGGUCAUACGUAUGUAGCCUCGAAGAGACCCAUGAAGGGACAUGGCAGAGAGAUGAUUCAACUAGGUGUGCCAGUUGCCGAUGCACCUGUUGAAGUAGAGAAUGUCGGAAUAUCUAGAGACAGAACUAUACCUGCCUUACUGCAAGAUGUUAUCGAACGUGUAGUUGGCAUGCAGAUCAUGACAGUGAAGCCAGACUCUUGCAUCAUUGAUUUCUUUAAUGAGGUUGACCAUUCACAGCCUCAUACUUGGCCUCAUUGGUAUGGGCGUCCAGUUUGUGUUCUGUUUUUAACAGAAUGUGACAUGACCUUUGGGAAGGUCAUUACAGCAAACCAACCAGGGGAUUACAAAGGCGCUCUCAAGCUGUCUCUUGCACCUGGGUCCCUCCUUGUGAUGCAAGGAAAAUCAUCAGAUUUUGCUAGGCAUGCAAUUCCGUCCCUUCGCAAACAAAGAAUACUCAUCACCUUCACAAAAUGUCAGCCAAAGAAACCCACACCCGGCGAAAAUCGCUUUUCGCCACCAACCAUAGUUCAGCCUUCUCAUUGGGUCCCGUCAUCCCAACGAUCUUUCAACAAUGUUCCUCAUCCUGCAGGAUCAAAGCAAUUUGCAUCCACUGCAACGGCUAAUGCGUUGCCACCUCCCAUUCAUCCACCAAUACCAGCACCAAACGGUAUGCAGCCCCUCCUACUGCCACAGCCUGUUGUGACGGCUAUACCUUUCCAAGCCCCAGUAUCAAUUGCAGCUGCUUCCGCCGGGUGGACGGCGGCUCCUUCACGCCAUCCACCACCUCAUCCCCCAGUUCCUGGAACUGGUGUCUUCCUUCCUCCUCCCGGCUCCGGUAAUCCGUCCUCUCCCGGACACUUAUCUACUAAUACUAAUGAAAUUAACCUUAUUCCAGAGACACGAGAUAAUGGUAUGGGGAAACUUGAUCAUAGCCCGAGCGGUUCCCCGAAUGGAAAAUCAGACGUGCAAAUAGGACGGCAAGAAGUCAAUGGAAGUAUAGAAGCCCAAAGGGAUAUGGCCAAUGAAGAAAAAAAUGAAGGUGAUGAUAAAAGGUUGUCGAGCAAGCCAAGUAGAGCAGCUUAGAAGAGGGAACGUGAGAGUAGUAGGCUGCGAGGAGAUUUGAGUCUGAAGCAAAUGUAAAGAGCGGCAAAAUUUGAGUGGGUAGACACGUCACACGUCGUGGGAGUACGAGGGAAGGAGGACGAGGAACUUCUUGGUUCUCUUUAAUUUUACUUCUCUGGUGCUCCUUUCUCUUUUUGUUGUGCUAUUAUACAACUCCUAGAAAAUGUAUGGGACUACAUUACAAACUCAUUAACAUUGAGUUACAGAAAAUUGAUUUGGCCCAGUUGAAGUUCUGGCA